UUAUAUUCAGUUUCGUAGACGCGAACGAACGAUCCACAGUACACGAAAUUCACGAGGCAAUUCAACAAUAGGUACGCAUUUUGAUAGAAAUUUUAUAGAAAACGUGUUGUCUCUUGUGCGUCUUGUGAAAAGUCCAAAAGUUAUUUGUUUUUGAGUAUUUUUAAAAGCUAUAUAAGAGUCCGAAAAUGGGCAACGUGCGAAGUGGCGAGGCCAACACGAAUUCGAAUGCAUUCAGUGAUGAUCCGUUCUGGAAUCCGCAAAGUGCACCGACCAUAACAAGAGAAAACAUGAGUAACAACCAAUCCGAAACGCCGGGAACAUCCAGCAAUGAAAGAGAAGAACAUAGAGAACAAUUACAAAGAAAUCUAGAGGAGUUUAAGCUAGAAUUGGAAAGAAAACACGAAAAACGCAGAGAACUAAUUGCAGAAAAGCGAAGAGAGUUUCAACAAGUGAAAGACGAACUACAAGCACUCAAAGAAGAAAACGAAAUGUUGAAAUCACAAAAAAGUCAAGUCCCAAAUCCCAUAGCGAGUUCUCCAGAUUUAAAAUUACAAGGUAAAAUAGAAAAUUUGAUGGAAGAAAACGAAGAGCUCAAGUUGCAAGUAGAAAAAUUGAAAAUACUACUAAAGAAUGGAGAGGAAGUGAACACGAAAAAUAGGGAACUAAGAAUAACCGUGUCGGAAAUGCAGCUGGAUGUCCAAAAGCUCAACUCGGAAAUGCUAAAUAUAGAACAAGAGCGCCUCGAGUAUUCCAAACACAUCACGGCAUUGAAAGACGUGGUUAAUGUCACGAAAAACAUGCUCGAAAUACGCGAGGCGCAAAUCGAAGGACUUAAAGAAAAAGUUAAAACCGUUGAAGAGUUGCUCGCAUCAAAGGAAAUGAAAAUCAUGUCGGACGGAUUGCGGGAAGAGUAUGAAAAACAACUGAGGAACAUUCGCAAUUUGAGAACGCUGUACGAGGAAAGGCAGCGUCUGGAUAAGAUUGACAAAGAACAUUUACAAGUCCAACUGGAAGAGUGCAAGAAACAAGUUGAAAAUGAACAGACGAUUAGCAGUGAUCGCUUAGCUCGCAUUGAAGAACUUGAAAAAGACAAUUCAACUAAAUAUGAUCAAAUCACUGGUUUGCAAUCGACAUUGGGUUUAACUAAAGCAGAAUGUACUGAAUUACAAGCUGAAAUUGAUGUAAUAAAUCAGUUAUUUUCACAAAUUUUGCGAGGCUUUAAUAAUUCACCUGAAAUCGAUUUUGACAAAUUGCGAAGUGUUUUAGAAGAAAACCACGAUUUGUUGACAGACAUUGCCUCAAACGAAGAAUCACACUCGACUGCAGCAGCGCUUCCUAAAGUACUUUUGGACUUGAUCAAUCAAAUUAAUAAUGAAAAGCAGACAGACACCAAGUCAGACAUUGACGAACAGUGCAUGGCAAACGCACUGCACCAAUUGAACAGUCCCGCUGAGAUCGUCGAGAAUCUGCCGAAAGUGUGGAAAGUCCUGAUAGAAUUGCUGAGCCAUCAGAAUCCGCCACUGAGCGCGCUGAAGGAGGGCGAAAAGGAUCCGUGCUAUAAAUCGGUCGAGACUCCCACGGGGCCCAAAUUGAAACUCAGCGUUAGCCAGACUUUUAUUCGUCUAAAGGAUUUGAUAAUUGAAAAGAAAUUUCUGGAACGAGAAAUGUAUCGAUUGAAACAUCUGAACACACAUCUCGAGGGACGACUUCAGGACCAAGAGAAACGAUUGGAGCUCGUCUCUGGUGAAUUAACUACAACCUGGCAUGUGGUUGAAAAAAUGCAGAAACAACAUCAUCAACUGCACACCCACGAGAAAGUUUUGCGUUACGAGUUACAUGAGAAAAGAAAAUUGCUCACUGAGCUAAAACAAGAAUUGCAAUACUGUCGAGACAAAUGGGGACAGGCGCGUGCGAAAAACGAUAGCACACAGGAGCAGUGGAAAGAAUUGCGCAAAGAGUUCGCCGCUCGUAAGACGAGUGCUGAUGAUUUCAAUCAAAGCGCCGAGAGCGGAUACAGCGACGAUAAGGACAGCAGUGAAGACGAGAAGGGAUACGAAAGCGACGUCAGCGACGGCAAAAGGGAAAGCGAUUGCGACGAUUUGGAUAAUGCGCCAUUGGCAACGAUUCAAGCGACUUGUCAGCGCGACGAUGAAAGUUGCGAACAAUUUGAUGAAAGGAACGAGCACAAUGAGAUGGAAAUUGGCGAAGAACAUCACGAAUGCGAACCCAAUGUUGAUCCCCUUAACGCUGAUGAUAAUGCUUCAGCGCUCCAAGACAUGAAUACUGAAUAUCCGGAGGACAAAAUCGCUACAAAUAUUCGGCCAGAAGAUAAUAAUGUCAGCUCGCCAGAAGUAAGUACUACUGUAAGUCCAACAAUAAGUCCAUCAACGUCAACGGGAGCGAUUAGAAAAGUCCCAAUACAAACAAAAAAUUGUACAAAUGAUAAGACUACAGAACAAAGACUGGAAGUUGAUAUAGAUAAAGAGAUUACGAAGGAGACUGAUUCUCUUAGUGAAUCACUCAUUUCCAAUUUAUCAUUAAACGAGCAAAAGGUAGAAAAUAAUUCAGUAGCAGAAACAACAGCGUUGUCAGCUUCUGCCCCUCCGUCCUCAGUAAACAAGUCCAAUAGGACACCGGAAGAAAUACUUGCUGCGCGUGAAGAACGUCUACAACGUCUCGAGCGAGAAAGCAAUGAAUUAUUUCAAAAAGUAACGCACACAAAAUUAAGGGGCUCUAAUAUAUCUGACAGAUUAGACAACUUGCAUGAAAUUUACGGGGAAAGUAGCUCUGCAUCAAAAGAAGAUGAAGUACAACCAGUAAGUUCAGAAUUGGAAGAAAGUUCAAACACAGAAUCAAAAGAUGCUAGUAAAGAAGAAACAGAUAAUAACAAUGAAUCAUAAAAAUAAGAUAAUUUAAUGUCGAUAAUUCAUUUUUAUUCAAUCUUAAGUAUAUGAAGAUAUAAAGACAUUACUGAUAAUAUGUAAUUCAAUUCUUAAAAGCUUUAAAUUUUUGAAUAAGGUAAAUACAUGUUCCAGAAAUAUUUAAAUGUGACUAUAUUGUAAUAAUUUAUUAUGUUAUUGUAACCAGAGAGAAAAAUCUAUAAUCAAAUAAAGAAUUUAUUUAA